UUGCGCGCGCCCAGGCCGUCUCGUCAGCCACACACCUCCACGCCCUCAUUUACAACUCCAUCACGGCCCACUCCGCCCGUGACGCCCUUCCCCAGCAGGCACCACCGCAGCAGCAGCAGCAGGAGAGGCACUCAGUAGGAGCAGUAAGACCUCCCCCUGCUUAUUUGCUGCACCGGGGAGGGUCUGAGUCUAGCGGUGUUUGGCAUCAGGCAGCAGAGCGGGCGGCCAUAUUGUGAGCACUGGUGACAGGUGUUGGGGCGUCGGCCUUGUCCCCGGGUCCCUGUCUCUGUGUCCCUGUGUGUCUCGUUGCCACCAGGUCCUCCUGCACCUCAGUGAAGGCCGCAUAGGUGUGUGCAGCGUGCGGCGCCCCCUGAGAGGUGUCGCUCAAGUUGCUGGUCGUCGCCAUGGGGCAUACAGUCCGCGGCGGCCCCGUGGUGAAAGCCGUGGAAAAAGUCUCCUCCUCCGGCGUGGUGGGGGUUAGCGUGGGGGCGGCGGCUCUGGUGGUGGUGAUGGUGGGAGCGGCGUGGGCGUGCUAUCGGCGUGGGCGUGUCGGGGCGCACAAGAAGCUGGGCGGGGAGAGACAGGUGACUCUCCGCCGCCCCACUGCCGUCAAGAACCCCCAAGCCCACAGCCACUACCUGAAGAAGUCACCAUCGCCCACUGGUGCCAGGACGCCCCCAGGAGGAAAAUCUCCCACGGGUAACAAGAGUCCCCCAGGCGCUCCCCGCUCACCCGGCAGUGGGGCGGGACCAGGAGGCGGGGGUCUGUCUCCACCAUGCCCUUCCCCCAGGACCGCCUCCCCAGCUCAUCAUCAGAGCCUGCGUGGCAGCGGUGGGUUAUCAGACGGCGGGAGUGUGAGCUACGUGAACGAGCGAGGGCAGGAUAAGGACAAGCCGAGCACGCCGUCCAAGGAGGAGCUGGAGUUGAACGAGAGGAACCUUGCCAAGGAGAACACCACCUCCAGCUCCACCACCACGACCUCCACCUCCGCCACCAAACUGGGCAAGCUGCACUUCAAGCUGAGGUACAACUUCGACAAGAACGCCCUGGUGGUGACGAUCGUGAAGUGUACUGACCUGCCCGCUAAGGACCAGGGACUCACCUCCAGCGACCCCUACGUAAAGCUGCAGCUCCUUCCGGACAAGCAGCACAAGGUGAAGACAAGAGUACUCCGCAAGACCCUCUCUCCGACCUACGACGAGGACUUCACCUUCUACGGGAUUAAUUACUCGCAACUACAGAACAUCACCCUUCACUUCAUUGUCCUGAGUUUCGACCGGUACUCCCGUGACGACAUCAUCGGCGAGGUGGUGGCGCCCCUGUCCCACCUGGACCUGGCCAACACCGAGGCCUCGCUCUCACUCACCAGGGAGAUCAACCCUCGAGCCCUCAAGGUCCGCUCUCAAGGUCGCGGGGAGCUGCUGGUGUCCCUUUGUCACCAGCCAGCCGCCAACCGCCUCACCGUGGUGGUACUCAAGGCACGCAACCUUCCCAAGAUGGACAUCACGGGACUUUCAGACCCCUACGUGAAGAUCUACCUGCUGUACAACGGGCAGCGCGUGGCCAAGAAGAAGACCCACGUCAAGAAGCGCACGCUCAACCCAGUCUUCAACGAGUCCUUCGUGUUUGACUUGCCGGUGGGCGUGGAGGGGCUGGACAGCAUCAGCCUCGAAUUCCUGCUACUGGACUGGGACCGUGUGACCAAGAACGAGGUGAUCGGGCGGCUGGAGCUGGGCGGCACAAGAGCAGCGGCGUGCGGCUCCGCCAGCCAUCACUGGAGCGAAGUGGUCACGUCGCCGCGCCGCCAGAUAGCUGAGUGGCACAAGCUGCGGGAGUAAUGGCGACUACCUCCAGGCGACAGCGUGCCACCGCCUCGCCCUGCCCCCGCCCUGCCCCUCGCCGCCUCGCCAUGCUCUAAAGGCUCCGCCACAGGUGCCGCCACGAGAGUCAUGUAACCACUUGUCUCCUCCAAUCAGACAAUAAGACAACACGCCCGCGGCUCCACCCAGCAGACGGGAGGGCAAGCAAGUGGGCGGAUAGGCCGCUGCCGACGAGCGACCUACGCGCAUCCGGCACGCCAGCUACCGGCUUCCCAGGACUCCCUCAGUCCUCAUAUAUAUCCAUGGUUGUCACGUUAAUGUGUGAGUGUAGGGCUCAGUGUCCCGCCUCCCCCACCGUGUACCUCCCUCCUCCAGCGUGCGCAGACCCGUAGACUACGUGAUGUGCUUCAGGAACACCGACGGUGUCGACACAUUCCCUCCGCCCAGCGCAGGCCCUCCCUGCACCACCAGUCGGCCAACUCCGCCUCGGGACGGGGCCCAACACUUCUCUCCCGUAAGCUACUGUAUCUGCUUCGAGGCACCCCAGCUUGCCGACAGUCACUUCCAUUACCUACAUACCUACUGCUCAGCCUGCACGCGCCGCCCCUUGUAGGCCGUGCUUACACACACACACACACACACACACACACACACACACACACACACACACACACACACACACACACACACACACACACACACACACACACACACACACUGUACAACACCAGCAGCAACACUCAAAAAAUGUCAUUUGGCACUAGAACACGCAGGAAUCUCGAAUGGCAUGUGUGGGGCUCCACUUCCUCCCGAGGCGGCAGCGGCACCAUCACCCCGCCAUGGAAGGCAGCCCUGCGAUCUGCCGCCACCCUCAGCAAGGUCAUGUGCAACCAACCACCACCAAUAUCUUUACAGCUUUGAAAAUUCUGAAGACGGGCAUCUGAUGUCAUGGUCUAGUGUGUGUGUGUGUACGUGCGUGUGUGUACCAGAUAUAAUCAGCGGUAGCCCCCCCCUCCAGUACAAGGGGCCGCUGCACUCUGCUACCCUUGAGCCGACCAUAGCGGCAACACCAUCACCACUGAGGUCACCAAUACCAAACCAUCACAUAAUCAUAACAAAACAUCAGGAAUACACACAACAACAAAAGUAACAUAGAAUCAACAACAGGCCAGGACGUGCAGGCCUCACCCAGCUCCUCUCCUUGUGCCCUUCCCACACUCUUCACUCCUGCUGUUCAUUCCUCCAGCAGCAGGUCCCGCCGAUGGCCCAGCAGCAGUCGCGGCUCGCACGUCAACAAAGCUCCCGCCCCGCCAUCUCCAUUCCACCCGGUGCCCCGCCGCCACAACCGCCAACACCAUCACCUUCACCUACAGAGUGGUGACCGCCCGCCCUGCCAACACCCGCCCCUAAUUCACUACACAAAGAAGUAUAUAACACUGGCCAGCACAGCACCACAUGACAACCUACACACCAUGGCCAUCCACCUCGCCGCACGACACUGCAUCAAGAUAACACCCCCCCACUUCCCACAGCCACAGACAGACGCGUUGUUCAAUGUCACUGAUGCCCACACAGAGAAUACCCGCAACCAAAUUUACAUCGCGGUUAGUGAAGCUGCAGCCGCAAGCCCCAGGCAUGUAGGGAACACCCGGUGAUUCAACCGAAAUUAGUUCAUGGAAAAAAAUAGGUAAAGAUAAUAUGAUGCAAAAUCCAGUGAUAAAGAAAAUGUCUAGGAAUAUCGAUGUGCCGUAGGCAGCCAUAACAAAAUAUUAUAAAAGUAGAUCUUCAUGUCUAUCAGUGUAAGGGCACCUGACCAGAAAUGGCCUCAAGCGCCAAGUCCUCCUGCUGGUCCCCACCUGAUUAUAACACACCGGUGCUCACCCAGGACACGGCGAAGGCUUCAUGACGCCAAUCCAGUGAUGACAUGACGCCUGCCGCCGUCACACCACCUGCUGGUCACUAGUUAUAAACAUUGCCUGUACAGUCACCAACACUCCCCAUACUCACGAUGGGUGGUGAGGCGGCGGCGGGCGGGGCAGCAAGCGGAAAUGAAAAUUAAGUAAAUACACCAUUGAUCCUCGCGGUAUCGAACACGAGCACACCUACCCACAAACACACGCCGUGCGUCUGUCACUGUGUGGGGGGGGAGUGUGCUCGCACUCCCUAAGAGCCAAGCUGCUACUGGCGCGUCGGUUGGUGUUCGAUUCUUAACAAGUGAACAGAGUAUUUAGAUAUAUUUUGAAGAAGCUAUAUAUGUAUGUGUAUACUUGAGAUUUACGACUCUAAUAUGAUCAGCGACAGAGUAUAUUUCCUGGCUUUAGAAGCGUCAUAUAUCACUACGUCAUUAAUCACAACAGCAUUCGAAUGUGUUUUAGGUUGUGGCAUCCAAACGUUAAGAACCUUAUUUGAUAAAGUUCCUCAUAAAUUUUUAACUUUUUGCUAGUUUAUGGAUGACUUUUCGUCCUUGCUCUGUACGCAACAAUAUUUUUACAUUGCAAUCGAAUGCUGUUUACCUGCCCCUGAGCUCCCCCAGAGUCAGCUGAUGAGGGGGAGGUCCCCCUCACAUCGCAUUUUGUACCACAAUCUGCAUUUUCAUAUCGGUCAUGCUUAGAUGAACACUAAAGGCGGUUCAAAUAUGGACAGUGUGUAAGAGCUGAGUAUUUAGAAAGGUAUUACUCACAUGAAUUCCAUAUAGUAGUAACAAAAGGUUGUCCCUCCCAGGCCAUGGACCAAAUGUCAUUGAGGAAGCGUUCAGUUUAUUAAGUAGAUACGAAGCAUUUGUUUUGUAGCAACAUUGAAAAAGGACAUACACUCCAAACACCUCUCCCUGCCUCGGCCAUACCCGUCCCUGCCUCAGUGCCUCGCGUCUAACAUCGGUACCGUUGAUUGGCAAGGACCGCGGCACGCCUGCCACCGUCUGGGUGUCGCACACACCGACCAGCCCCGUCUUGCGAGAGGCCUGCCACCAUCGCGGGCCAGUUAUCGCGCCACCGCCGACUCGGAGCAUCUAUAAAAAGGAGAGGCUUGGUGUUGCUGGCAGCAGGACAGGCCGAGCCUGGAGCCGAGCAACAGCAGGGGCAGGGGGGCAGUGGCUGAGGGAAGAUGGUGUGCUAAAGGAUAGGAAACUAUCGCCAUGAUACUAAUGGCUUCUAGAGCUGUAAAUAAUGAAAGUUUGUUUGUUUAUUUUGAUUAAGGUAAAUGUAAACAAGCACAGAGCAUAAGAGCAGCGACGAGCCAGUACCAGGCGGCAGGAGCCAGUGCGGCACCGCGCGGGUUCCAAGACUGCCUGGUGUUUUGAGUUGUGGCUCCAGCAGAGAUCAUGCAGUUCUGUACACAUAUAUGUACUGUUAUAUAUAUACAUAUACAUGAAAGUUUGGCUCUGACAAAUGCUAUACAGUCACGUGUCUAUGUAUUAACAUGAGCUGUAGAAGAAUGACCAAUAAACUACCCGGUGUGAA